AUGGCUCCUUUUCGCCCCUCCCUUGUGCUUGCGGUUCUCACGCUCGCUCUUCCCAGUCUCACGACUGCCUAUUCCGUUGGUUGCUUCCCUGCCUCCGAGCGACGUGCGACGCGAACUGACUUGGAGUCGAUUCGCAUUUCCCACGCCAACUGGAAUUCGUCCCGUCUCAGUGCGCUUGUGGCACAGAUCGUUCUCGAGGAAAAACUUGGAUUUGGCACGAUUCGCGAGGAAUUUGGCGACGAUCGCAACGCCUUCGACCAAGUCGACCAAGGCACUGCAGAUUUGUUUCUUGAUGCCAACCCCGAGGCUGUCCAGGACCUGAUUGAUCUUUACGUUACUCAAAUGAACACGGUUACCGACGCCGGACCGCUUGGAGUCUUCACCGAGUAUGGAUGGUACCUUCCGGAAUACGUUUGGAAUAUUAGCAACAAGCUUGACAGUUAUCCUGGCUUCAUGGACGAGAACGUGAUUGCGCUCUUCCACUUGGAGAAUAUUCCAGUGGACACGCACCUUGACAACACCACGCUGCAUUCGGCGUUUGACAUGAUUGAGGCGACCAUGCAAGGCUCUCAGUGCAAUGUUGCUCUCAAUGCUUCCGCCACGGCCACGGACUGUGCCGCUGCCGUCGAAGCCACCAUCGAGCACUUGCGUGACGUUGCGCAUCUGCAUUACGCGGAGAACACGAUCGACUUGUGGACUUUGCCUGACAGCUGGAAUUUGUUGGACCAUGUUCUCAUCCAAAAUCUUGAGCUCCCGUUCAAUACCGUCGUGCCAGUUCCCACCAACCUCGAUCAAGCAGCUACCGAACAUGCGUUGGCCGACCUUAUUGAAGAGCAUUACCUCGCGCGCAAGCCCUUCCUCACCUACUUUUGGCAACCCCAUUUCUUGUUCGCUCCGGAUUCGCCCGUCAAGCUUCACCGCGUCCAGCUUCCUCAUUUCAACGCCGAUCACUGCAAUGUUUCGAGCUCGGACUAUCGCUGCGAGUACCAAUCCCACAUCUUGCGCAAGAUGGUGGCAACGUCUCUGAAAGCAAGAAACGAGGUGGCUUAUGACUUUGUCAAGGUCCUUCACAUCGAUGAGAUCGAGAUGGAGGAAAUGCUGGCGUCUGUCGAGUACAGCAACAUGACCGUCGACCAAGCCGCGUGCAGCUGGUUGCUUGCACAUUAUAGCACAAUGGAGCCGCACAUGCCCGAUCCUUCGCGCCUUGUUACGCCCACGGAGGUCAACGGCAGCUUGCGCAUCGCCUUUGUCAUUCUCGCCGCUCUGCUCAUCGCCUUCUUCUGCGUUUUGGCGGCUGGUACCUUCCACUACCGCCGCGUUCGUGUGGUGCUGUCUGCAAGCCCCGUGUUCCUGAUGCUGAUGCUGCUUGGCGCUGCUUGGUCCAUGUUCUGGGUCAUUCUGCUCUACGACGACGCGCCGACCGACGCGAUUUGCAUUGCGCGCAUCUGGGCUCGUCAUCUCGGCUUUAGCUUGGUGUUUGGCGCCCUUGCUCUCAAGACCUACCGCAUUGCUGCCAUCUUCAACGUGAAGGCCACCAAAAAGUCCCACCAGCUGACCAACGUUCGCCUUUUGGUCCGAUUUGGUGAAAUCAACCUCUAUGUCUGCGCCUUCCUGCUGACGUGGACGGUGGCCGGCGCUCCCACAGCGACAACGCUGGUGUCUCACAACAACAGCUACGCCGUCUGCAGCAUCACUUGGUGGGACAAUGCCAUGUACCUGCAAGAGCUUGCGGCCAUGCUUGGCCUCGCGUUCCUGAGCUACCGCGUGCGCAAGGCACCCUCUGCGUUUAACGAGUGCAAGCACAUGGCGCUUGCCGUGUACAAUUGGAUUAUCAUUGGCGUUAUUCUUCAGCUCAUCCUGAAUUCGACCACUGGCACGGCCGACUUUUACUUUGCCAUCCAGUCGCUCGAGGUGCUCGUGCCCGUUCCGAUUGCCAUCCUGCUUUUGUUUGUGCCCAAGUUCUACCUGACGCUGCGUGGCAAGGGCAGCGAGGUGACGACCUCCAGCUUCCGCGGAUCGAAUCCGAACGGCAGCCACCCGAAGACUCCUUCUGACCCGAGCAACUCGAAUGCCAAGGCGGCGUCUGGCGACAUGGAAAUGUCGUCUGGCAAUGGUGUGGAUAGCGAGACUGGCAGGCCUGAGCUGAGUGGCAAGGCCGCAGCCGCCGAGUACAAGAACAUUCGUCGCGAGAACAUCCGCCUGAUGCGUGAAAUUGAGGGAAUGCGAACUCAGCUCCUCCGCUUGCACAAUCCUCACUCUGGCACCGUCGAGGUCUUGUAA